GCGUAGUACUUCUUUGCCGCACCCAUCAGCAGCCUCCAAGUUGUGCAGAAACUCAGAUAGAGAGAGUGAGAGAGGGGAGCUGAAAAUGACGACCAGGUUCAAGAAAAACCGAAAGAAGAGGGGCCAUGUGAGCGCCGGGCAUGGUCGGAUCGGAAAGCACAGGAAGCAUCCCGGCGGUAGAGGUAACGCCGGAGGCAUGCACCACCACCGCAUUCUCUUCGACAAGUACCACCCGGGUUAUUUCGGUAAAGUGGGUAUGAGGUACUUCCACAAGCUUCGCAACAAGUUCUAUUGCCCCAUCGUCAACGUCGACAAGCUCUGGUCUUUGGUUCCCAACGAUGUCAAGGAAAAAACCAACAAGGACAAUGCCCCUCUGAUCGAUGUCACCCAGUUUGGUUACUUUAAGGUUUUGGGCAAAGGUGUUUUGCCUGAGAACAAGCCUGUUGUUGUCAAGGCAAAGCUUAUCUCCAAGAACGCUGAGAAAAAGAUCAAGGAGGCUGGUGGUGCUGUUGUUCUUACCGCUUAGGUUUUAUGGUAAUUGGAACUGGUUGAGUUAAUGGGUUCUCUUGUUUUUUUUUUGGUUUUAAUUUAGAGAAUUUUUGUUUUUUUGUUUUUUUUUUUUGGGGGCUCAAUUUGGACUCGUUUUAGUUAUGUUUUGAUAAUUAUUCUAUUGCUUAUGGGAAAUGUUAUAGAUUUAAAGCAAAAGAAGAGGUUAUGGAUUUCCAUGGAUUCUCGUA